CUUGCUCUGCUUUAAUAUUUAAUUCUUGACAAAAUGUUUGUGAGAUAUCUUGGAUUUGUUCUUUUGGUUUGGUUCCCGGAAAGACUGCAUGCACAAAGUGCAGUUCAUUCGUGUGAUGCUCCGAUUCUUGAUGAUGGUUAUUUGGUCCAGAAACAAAUCACGUAUCCUCAUGAAGCCAACCUCAUGUAUGGCUGUGAUAACGGGCGUAAACCGGCAGUGGAGGGUUGGUGGGCAACAAUCACAUGUCAAAAUGGCACAUGGUCGCAUAAACCACAGUGUAUAGAUGAAAAAGACUGCAUCCCACCUGAUAUACCUAAUGCAAAAUACAAAAAAAGCCCGAAAGGUUGGUAUGAUAACAAUCAAUCAAUCUAUAUAACAUGUGACAAAGAGUAUGAAUCCAAAAACCGGGAUGCUACAGCCAUAUGUUCAAAUGGAACAUGGACCUCUGUGCCGGUCUGUGAGAAAAGUAUCGAGACAUGUGGGGAGCCCCCUAAAAUCCCCCAUGCAGUCAUCAUCCAUCAGGAAUACCAGGAGUUGUUUGCUGCAGAUUCAGAAGUGCAGUAUGAAUGUGAAGAUGGAUAUACUGUAGAGGGAGGAGGAACCAAAGACAACAUCACUUGCAUCUUUGGAAACUGGACUGAAGGCUCAGCGUGCAGAGCCAGACCAGGUCCUGUAAAUGGUGGUUCUGCAGGGGGGGGGACAGGUGGGAGGCCCACUACAUCAACUGGCAGUGGGACACAACAUACAGUUGAAGAAAGAGGAACCCGUUUAGGUACUAGAGAUGGUGGAGUUACGCCUGGCAGUGGGGUACCACCUGCAGGUGGAGGAUUGUCUGCUGUCUCUGGCUCGAAUGAGAAAGACAGUAGCCCUUCAUUCACAUCAGUCAACCACUGCGGAGCAUACCCAGUCGUACCAAACGGUGAUGUUGUGAAAGACGAUCCAAUGUUUUUGAAAUACCAAUGCAAUUCCUUUUAUAAACGAGUGGGUCCAGACAUCGUGAGGUGUCACAGUGAAGGCAGCUGGUCACAACUACCCAUCUGCCAAGAGGCAUACUGUGUCAUAGAUCUUGCUCAAUAUCCUGUGGACGGUGUUAAACUAACUGGACUUGAAUAUGUAAAUGAAGGAGAAACCAAGUACAUUCAGUGUAUUUGGGAUGUUUCAGCAGUCGUGUUAAGUGCAUCAGUAGAAGAUUGUUUUAUACCCAGUGUUGUCAUCAUGAUGACCAUAACCAGGGAGUUUGCUCGUAAAGCACAACCGACAAAUCGCUGCUCGACUGACAACCAAAGCCAGUUGGAAACUUCUAAAUUCCUUCACCAGAAAACGAUACCUAAAACAUUACUGCUUUUUUAUUUGGAUCAACCGGAACUCUGGAUGUAUAAUAACAUGAUCUGUACUUUAAAUAAAGUUGAUAUAUCAAUAGUAGUCUGAAUAAAAAGUUCACUAGAGAAAUCUUAA